CUCCCGGGACGUCGGCUGAGCUGCGCGCGCUCGUGUCGGCGCCGCGGCGAGAUGAGCGGGGCAGAGUCGGCGGGCACUGCCCGGGGGCUGCGCGUAGACGGGCUGCCACCGCUACCCAAAAGCCUGAGCGGGCUGCUGCACUCGGCGGCGGGGGGCGGCUCGGCGGGCGGCUGGCGGCACCUGGAGCGGCUGUACGCACAGAAGUCGCGCAUCCAGGACGAACUGAGCCGAGGGGGCGCGGGCGGCGGCGGGGCGCGGGCUGCGGGGACGCGGACCAAGCCCCCCAACCUGGACGCCGCGCUGGCGCUGUUGCGCAAGGAAAUGGUUGGCCUCCGACAGCUGGACAUGUCCUUGCUCUGCCAACUGUACAGCCUCUAUGAGUCCAUUCAGGAGUACAAGGGAGCAUGCCAGGCAGCCUCCAGCCUGGAUUGCACCUACGCCCUGGAGAAUGGCUUCUUCGAUGAUGAGGAUGACUUCCAAGAACAGGGCUCCCUCCAAGAAGGCCAGGGCCGAGGCCCUCCCCGGGACUUGACACUGCCUGUUACUCACCUCUCCAGCAGUGACUGGAUUCUGGAGUCUAUCUAGCACCCCUGGAGUCCACCGACACAGAUUGGCAGCACCUGUUUCUCUCUUGCAAGAAAGUCCAUCUGCCUCUUCGUGGUGGACAGUCUACGGGCACAUGGGGACAUGUGCCAGUAGUUUAUCUUGUGGGUAUGGAGUUUGUUAACAUGUGGGACAGCCUGCUUAGUUGGCUGCAGGGUCUUCCCAGGCAUGUUAGAAUAUCCUUGACAACUUUAGUAGCACCUGCUGGAAACUGACAAAGUUCCACCUGGAAAGCCUUCACGGGUACUUUGGGUGAGGUUGCUCUCAGCCAGCUUCUUUGUAGGUGGCAAGCAUGUUACACCCUCUAUGGUAUAGGAAUGCCACACUGGCAUAUGAAAUAUGAAAACCACCAUUUCCCUGCCCAGAGUCCCCAAGGCAGCCUGAGUCUUUUCACGCUGUUACUAAGCUGUUAGCCUCUUCACUCAUAUUUAUUUGAAAGUUGCAUCACUGACUCAUGAGUUUCUAGGGGGAGGAAGUAUUCUGCCACACUGGUCUACCACUUUUCAGCAACUACCAAAAUUGACAUCAGGCAUAGGCAGAGAGAAAAAGCAUGAAUGAAUAUACAUUGAAUAGCGAGAAAAAACCCAAACAAACCUGGGACCAGCUAAUAUUUGUAUCACUCAUCAUAAGAUGGUGACUAUUUAUGGUUACAGACUCAGUAGACUUCAGUGUUAGAAGCGCCGGGCAUUGGUGGCGCACGCCUUUAAUCUCAGCACUCGGGAGGCAGAGGCAGGUGGAUCUCUGUGAGUUCGAAGCCAGCCUGGUCUGUAGAGCGAGUUUCAGGACAGCCUAUAAAACAAUACAGAGAAACCCUGUCUCAGAAAAAAGAAAGCAAUCCUUUCAAACAGUAAUUACCUGAAGCCUUAAUAUCUUUAUUAAAACACUUUAUAUGUGAGAACUUCACAAUAUAGGUUAAACAUGUAUAAAAUGCUCCACUGUCUCUUGCCAUGUGUCAUUUUGUUUGGGGGUUUGGUGAGUCCCUAGCAUGUAUGAAGCCGGGAUUUGACCUUAGUAUAUAAGUCAAGUGGGCAUGAUGGUGUAUGCCUGUAAUCCCUGGACUGAGGUAAAGGCAGGGGGAUCAGAAGUUCAAGGUCUUCCUUGACUACACAGAGAGUUUAGGGCUAUUCUCCGCUAUCCCCCCCCUCUUUUUUUUGUUUUGUUUUGUUUUUUUUUUUUUUUUGAGACAGGGUUUCUCUGUGUCUUUGGAGGCUGUUGUCCUGGAACUAGCUCUUGUAGACCAGGCUAGUCUUGAACUCACAGAGAGCCAUAUGCCUCCUUUCUCAAACAAAACAAAAAUUAUAUUCUGAGUUCAGAUUUAUUCACAACCUGCAUGUGGCUCAAUAUAACACACACUGAAAGGAAUUCAGGACUUUUUUGGCUAUUAAAUGAAUUUUAGUAGACAUAUUUAUGCCACGAAGUGGUGGCGAAUGCCUUUAAUCCCAGGAUUUGGGAGGCAGAGACAGGCAGAUCUCUGAGUUUGAGGUCAGCCUGGUCUACAAAAGUGAGUUCCAAGAUAGGCUCCAAAACUACAAACCCUUCCUUGAAAAACAAAAACAUAGCAAAACAAACAAAAUUGGUUUAUUUCUUUCUUAAGCUUGGACAGUCAUUUCAUUGUUACCAGGCCAUAUUUACACCAAGAUUUUACCUAGUUCCUUUGUGAAUAACCAAGUUCUUUGGUCCUCUUUUAGUGUGAAGUCUGCUCAUAAGUGCCCUCUUGAGGCAAGCAAAGGAAAGUACAAUUUAACAAUUGCGUAAACUUUUCCUGGGGAGUUAAAGUAUCUACUCACCCCAAACAGGGCACCAGUGACAAACCAAAGUAAGGAUUAUACAAAAGUCCAGCCUGGCAAACCAAUAAGCUUAUUCUUAUUACUUACUUCAGUGUGAAUGAUACCCAAACAGCCACAUCACUGAAAAGUCCCUCUCCAGGAUGGCUGACCUCCCCAUAGCUGUGCAGAGAAAGGUCCUCUAUUCCCCCACCCCCACAGCUAACCUCUAACAUUCUAUACACUCUCUCACCUCCAAGACCAGACCAGGGGACCAGAUGCUGCUGGGGCAGAAUUCCAGGUAGCUGGGAGGGCUUUAUAGAAAGGAGUCUUGGGAGGACUGCUAGACCCCUCCUGUGAGGGACUGGCAACAGGCCUCAUCUUCAGGAAUUGGUGUUGCAGCUGCUGCUGUUGGGCCCUGGGGGACAGUGUGCUGGUUAGUUUGUUGACACAAGCUUGAGUCAUCUUGGAAGAGGGAAUGCCAGUUGAGUUUUCUCCAUCGGACUGGCCUGUAGGCAUAUCUGGGGUGCUUCUUGAUGGUGGUUGUGGGAGGGUCCAGCUACUGUGAGGGGUGCCACUCUGGGCGGGUGCUCCUGAACAGUGUGAGGCAGGCAUGUAGUUAAGUUAGCUGGGUCAAGCCGGUAAGCAGUCUUCUCCCAGGGUCUGCUUCCCGAUGAUGGACCACCAAAUGUAAGAAGAAAUAAACCCUUUCCUCUCCCAA